AUGCAGCGCAGCCUCCCGUGGGUUCGGAGCCAGGAGGAGGAGGAGCAGGGACGCAAUCCAGGCUUGCUUACUACAGUGUCAGAGGUUGGUGACUUAAUGAAUGGAACCCUUGUGCUGUUGGAAGUGCCCAUGUCAGACCUGUCCCCACCAGGAGGAGAGCCUCCUGAGGCAGAUGAGGAGAGUCCCAGCGAUGAACAGGGCCUCAUUAUCCACCACCCAGCAGAGGAACAGGCAUACCGAUGCCUUUUGUGUGGCCAGACCUUCCCUCAGCAGUCGAGCCUGGUUCGACAUCAUAAGGCCCAUGCUGGAAUGAAUGGAGCAGGGCGGGCUUUGUAUGUCUGCCCUGAGUGUGGUAAGGCCUUCAGCAUCCAGCACAACCUCUCUGUCCACCAGCGCACCCACACAGGUGAGCGACCCUUCCCGUGCCCUGAGUGUGGACGGCGAUUCAGCCUCAAACAGAAUCUGCUCACCCAUCGGCGCAUCCAUAGCGGCAAGAAGCCUUACCAGUGUGCUCAGUGCAGGCGCUGUUUCCGAGAGGCCCGCUUCCUCCUUAACCACCAGCGUACUCAUGCCAGGAUGUCCCCUACUCCACCCCAAUGCUCUGGGGUCUCUGAGGAGCAGUGA